AUGUUGUCAAAGCUGCUGUUGACGGCCUUUUUGGGCGCCCAAAUUGUUGCUGGGUCUGUUAUCGUUCAGAAAAAUGCAGAGAACGCGAUGCCUCUGGCUCCUCCUGAGCGUUGGUCGUAUGAGGAUUGCGGCUCACCCGACGACCUUAUCGAGCUCCAUUCCAUCUCCAUCAAACCGGACCCGCCCAAGCCCGGUGAAGAUUUGGAAGUUACUGCCAAAGGUUAUGUCAAGCAGACCCUUGACGAAGGCACAUAUGCGGACGUCCUCGUCAAGAUUGGGCUCAUCAAGUUGCUCCAGAAGCGAUUUGAUGUCUGUGAAGAGGCUCGCAACGCGAAUGCGACAAUUCAAUGCCCCGUUGAGCCUGGAGAGUAUACUGUUGUACAAACUGUAUCCCUUCCAAAGGAGAUUCCUCCUGCCAAGUUUUCCGUCAAUGUUCGUGCCUACAGCCCCGACGACGAGGACGCUUUGCAAGAGGAAGCACACCGCUGCCCGUGCACCGGUGUUAUUUGGGGCAUGUAUGCCGGCCAUGGAAUUGGUCUUUCGCCUGUGCUUUACUUUGGCUCCGAGGAACAAAAACAAAGGUUUCUGCCAAGUGCCUCAGAGGCGAAAGAACGGUGGUGUCUAGGAAUCACCGAGCCAGAAGCAGGUUCAGACGUGGCUGGCAUUCGUACUACAGCGGUUCUUUCAGACGACAAGCGUUACUACACUGUUAGCGGUAGCAAAAAGUGGAUCACGGGAGGGCUGUGGGCAGACUACAUGACAGCUGCCGUCAGAACAGGACCUAUAGAUUCCCGAGCCAGUGGAAUCUCUCUCCUUGUCAUCCCACUCGACAGCCCGGGGGUCAAACGUCGACGGAUCAACGUUUCUGGCCUGCGUGCUUCGGGAUCAACCUUUUUCGAGCUCAAGGACGUCAAAGUACCAGUGGGAAACCUGAUUGGAAAGGAAGGACAUGGUUUCAAGUAUGUGAUGGCCAACUUUAACCCAGAACGAUUCAACUUGGCUGUCAUGAGCAUCCGCCUCGCACGAAACUGUAUCGAGGAGGCGUGGAAGCAUGCAAUGGCGAGAAAGACCUUUGGAAAGCCGCUCAUGAGUCAUCAAAUCAUUCGUGCCAAGUUUGCAUCGAUGAUUAGAGCUGUUGAAAGCUGUCAUGCAUGGAUCGAGGAGAUUGCGUGGCAUAUCAAAACCACUCCUAAUGCAUACGAACAGGCGUCUGUCGGUGCCAGGAUUGCGCUGGUAAAGGUCCAGGCUGCACGCGUCCUCGAAUCGUGCGUAAGAGAGGCUCAAAUGAUCUUCGGUGGGCUAGGGAUGACCAGGGAUGGCAAGGGCAAAGUGGUCGAGCAACUGAGCCGAGAUAUGCGUGUAUUCGUUGUUGGUGGUGGGUCUGAGGAGAUUCUCGAUGAUCUGAGCAUUCGCGGCUCGGUGCUGGCAAAGAGAGGGGCCAAGCUAUGA